UAAGUCCACACCCUCUAAAAGUUCAGCCACAAUGACGAAAUUGCCCACCUCCUUCCCUCUAAAGAAAAGGUUCCGAGUACCAACCUUCAAACGUUUACACAGAACUCUGCACUGCAAAGCCAAAGCUCUCUGUUUUCCACAUUACGUGAAGAUGGCCAGCCUCUUCUGCUAUCGUGAUUCAUGCCCAUCUGUGAAGAACAUUCUUCUUCUAGAUUCUGAAGGCAAGCGUGUAGCCGUCAAGUAUUUCUCGGAUGAUUGGCCAACAAAUGGUGCAAAGUUAGCUUUUGAAAAAUCUAUUUUCACCAAGACUCUGAAGACAAAUGCUCGGAUAGAAGCGGAGAUAAUGAUGUUUGACAGCAAUGUCAUUAUAUAUAAGUUCAUACAGGACCUCCACUUCUUUGUGACUGGGGGUGACGAUGAAAACGAACUCAUUUUAGCCACAGUCCUUCAGGGGUUCUUUGAUGCAGUUGCCCUUCUCUUGAGGAACAAUGUCGACAAAAGGGAGGCACUAGAGAAUCUGGAUCUUAUUCUUCUAUGCUUUGAUGAGAUUGUUGAUGGGGGGAUGGUACUUGAAACCGAUCCGAGUAUUAUUGCAGGAAAGGUGGCAACUCAUACCAUGGAUGCCGAUGCACCCUUGUCUGAGCAGACCAUAACACAAGCAUGGGCUACAGCAAGGGAACAUCUAACCAGAACCCUUCUCAAGUGAUUUGUGUGUGCGCACACGGAUGAUCAUUUGGCAUUCUUUUUUCUUUGUCUGUCGAGGAAAUUUGUUUCAUAUGUUGACAAGAUCUUGUUCCCUUCUUUCAUAUUGUAGAGCUAAGUUGGAUCAGCAGCAUCAUGCCAUUGGGCUCGUUAUGAGCAGUUAUUUUUUUCUGUGGGCUUCA